AUGAGCAGCGCGUCGGCGCGGGAUGCGCAGGCCAGCUUGCCGCGCGCUAGACCGGCCCUGGACGAGUCCUUUUCGUCAGGGCUAGGCCUAGGUAUCUCUGUGAGUCACGAAAAGCCGCAGCGCGCGAGUCAGCGGCCUGCCUCAGAGGUGCAGCACGGCCGUACGCCGUUCCAGCGCACGGGGCCCACAGCCAGCAGGAUCCAUCGCGUGCACGGCAUGCCAUCGCUCGCUACGGUCGAUCGAAUCGCGAUCAAUGAUGUGCUCGAGCAGUAUAAGCCAAGCAGCGACGAGUCGGCGAUGGCGGAUACGACGCACGUCAGCACGCACCCUGGCCCGUCGCGUCCCUCGGCGCCACUGCGUGCAUCGCUCGAGACGUCGUCCCCGUCUUUUCUAGGCGCGCCGACGGACGCUCGCAAAGACGCGUCGCUGCGCGCAUCCCCUCCGCCCGAGGUGCCAUCCGCGCCAGGCGCACAUGUCUCGGCGCCGCCAGCUGAGCCCGAGUGUCGCAUCGAGCCAAGCACGAGCCGCAUUCAUAUCGUCGGCAUCACGACGCAUAAGACGGCACCGCGUGCGGAGACGUCACGAGCUGAGCACCACGCGUCCAUGUCUCCGCCAGGCACGAACGAGAUCUUCCCGGACGGGCUGUUCACAUCGAUGCCGACGCCGCACCUGCAUGAUCCUACGCAGAACGACAAGCCGACGUCGGCCGUGCCCGAGGAGCCUGUGCCACCAUCGCGCCCUGUCUCGUGGGCUCGCACGCUGCAAGAGCUCUCGCCGCGUGCGGACGAAUCGCGCCAUUCGAUCGAGAACGGCCAUGACGUCGAUGCCCUGCUGGCCGAGGAGCCCGAAGAAGACUCCGUCGACAAGCUGCUGCAAGAGGACGGACUGGGCAUCGCACGCAGCUCUACGAUGCGCCGCAUCGUGCCGAAGGAAGCUGCGCGCACGCAGUCACCGCCCCCCGAGCGUUUGUCUGUCGACUUACCGACGCUGCCGAGCUGGAGUCCGAUCACGCUAGACGGUAUGCUGGACGACGUUCCGCCGGCGUCACCGCCUCCUUACAUCACUCGCGAUAAAAUUCGCGAGCGCGUCGAGCGCAGAAAGACGGGCGCACAGAGCACGUCGCCCGCGCUGGAUCCCCCGGCCCGCACGGCAGAGACACGAGCCCCAGCGCCCCAAGACGCACGACCCGCCUCGGCGCCUCCCACGCGUGCGUCGGAGGCCGUGCCGCGCGCUUCCUCACCCGCGAAACCGGCGGCGCGUGUCCUUCCCACGAAAGAGAUCCCUUCGCGACGUGAGACGGUGCGUCGUGAUCUCAACAGUCCCCUGGCUCAGUUCCAGUCGGACAUGCGCGACGCCGCUCAUGACGCACCGCCCAUGUCAGCGCAGGCGCCGAUGGCCCACCUGUCUCAGACGCUAGCGCGGCAGGCGACGUGGUUCGACGAUGCGGGGCACACGGACGCAGAGCACCGCGCGUCGUCGUCCUCGUCCUCGGACGCGCCCCUACAGCGCGACGCCGAGCCGGCGCACGAGCAUCGAGCGGCGAGCCAGGCGCCUCCGGCGGCACCGACAGAAGAGCUGAAAGACGAGGCGGCCGCCGACGGGCCUCCCACCGCGUUCAGUUUCGUGAUGGAGCGCGAAUUACAGCGCAUCGUCCGCGAGAGCGAUCAAAAGUACAAGGUCAAGGAACGCGGCGUCUUUGCCGACACACCAGCAAGACGUGGCGGCCUAGGCACGCAUCCCGCAUGGAUGCGCCUGCACAAACCGACGGAGCUGACGGAGCUCAUGGAGCAGCAACCGCCGAUGCCGACGACCGUGCCUGAUGCACAGGGAUCGUACACGGACGGACGCCUCUUCCUCGCGAUGGACGCUGUGACGCUGACAGCUCCCAUCACGCCGUCCCAGGACACGCAGCUGUACUGCGUGCUGGACAAUGGCAUCCACCGCGUCAAAACCGAGCAAGUACCUCUCACGCCCCCGAACAAGGGCGCGACGCGCAUUGACCAGGAAUUUGAGCUGAUCGAGAGCCCCAACUUUUCGCUCGUGCUGUCCGUCAUGCUCGACGGCGUCGCGACCGAUAUCCCGACCGAAUGGGGCGGCCUUGGCAGUGACGUGCCGCGGACCAGCGUCGGCCGCUUCCUGAGCAAGCGUCUCGGAACGCACCACCGCGAGACGAUGCGCAGUUCCCCGCUGUCAGAGCCGUAUGGCCGUGUCUUCUUUGCGCUGCGAGACGCGCUGCCUCACUGCUACGCGCGCGCCUGGGCGCUGGAGCUGCCGAUCCAGGCAGACUCGGAUGGCCGCACGACGCUGCGGCGGAGUGCCGCGCAGCGCCUUCAGCGUGGUCGCAUGCGGCUACGUGUGCUGUACCUGCCGCCUGUGCCGCUGGUCCUCGAAUCGACGCUGCCUGGCAACAUGGAGGAGGCCAUGCAGGGCAUCGAAUCAGUCGCAUGGCACCAGACCACGACGUCGUACCAGGGCGUGCUUACGCAGCUGGGCGGCGACUGCUUAUCGUGGCGCCGGCGUCCUAUGCGCAUCGUCGGCCUGAACCUCGUGUGCUACAAUGAAGUGACGCGGCGGCCGACGACCCGCAUCGAUCUCGUCCAGGUCGUGUCCGUCGACGAAUGCGGACCUGCCGCGGCGAAUGCCGAGCACAGCGCCGCCAACGACGGCGCUUUUCCCGUGCCCCACUCAUUCUGUCUGUCGUUCCGCGACGGCGAGAAAAUUUACUUGUUCGCCGACACACACGAGUCCAUGCUCGACUGGGUCCGCAUCCUCCGCAAUAUCGUCGCGCACAAACUCACACCACCGCCUGCGUGGGCCCUCGCGACCGUCGAGGCAGCACAGGCGCGCACACACGCGCGUGGACCGCCGUCCAAGGCGCCCAAGCCACCACCGAAUCCACCGACCGCACCCGCUUCAUCCCAGGCCCACGUGGCCCCACCUCCCCCCCCGUCCCGGAGCCUGCCCCCCACCCCGUCGUCGCCGCCGCCCACGGCUGCGACGCCCGCCCCGCCCGUGGGCGCGACACGCCGCCAGGCCGCAUCCCAGUCGCCAGUCCUCCCGACGGCCCCUUCACGCCCGAGCGGCCAGAGCCGCCUCCGUACAGUUGCCCGUCGUUGGCUUGGCCGCGCACGGCCCACAUAG